CACGCAUCAGGCUCGAAAUCGAGUUGUUCGAGGUACCUGGGCCAUCACGGCGCUGCCUUCACCGCGCGACAGUGCUGAGAGAGCUACUAGUAUCCCAUGGAGACGCGGCAUCUCUACGAGGUCAAGUCCCUUCGAGCUUCACGCCUCAACAUUGCGAAGCGGCCCAAGUCCGCGCAUAUUUCCCAUCGAGGCGAGCUGGUCCUAGGCUUGUCUCCACGAGCUAACCGAGCCAACUAUGGCGUGAACGACUCGCCGACAAAGUACCAUCCCGACACACGACACCGCGUAGUCCAGCGGUACUGCGUAUUGGACCACACAACCGUUUCCGCCGUUCCCCUUCCCCCCGAAGAGGACACGUCGAUGGUCCGUGACAGCUUCAAGUGCAAAGUUACAAGGGCAGGCAAUUUGCUGCCCCGCCAACCCAGCGUGAAGACCCUCCGGCAACAAUCGUCGGUGAAAACCCUCCAGCAGCCGCCAUCCAUCCCAACUCUAGAUCCCCCGACGAUCGCACCUACAAGCAACACACCCACCGUCGCAGCGGAACCCAACCUUAUCGCACAUGCACAGCACGCCCACACAACUGACCUUGACGACGACACCGUACGGGGCGACGAGAAAGAGGAUCAGGCUGCCGACACCGCCGCUCCUCGACACCGGGGGGCGUGGACGGAACCCCCGCCGCCUUCCAAAGACCUACGAAUCAACGACACCCCCAAUCGAAACAACGACGCAGCGACAUGCGUUAUGACCAAACCCACCCCCACCGCGUCGCUGUGCCUGUCGGCGUAUCAGGCUCGAAAACAAGCGGAAGAGUGUGCCCGACGCCUCGCAAACCGCCUCAGUUUUCUCAAUAUGGAAAAAGCUCGAGCCGAGCAAGAGGCGGAGCGUCUACACAUUGAAUUCUACCGCGAACAAGACGCCAAAAUUGCGUUCGAGCGCCAAAAACUCGAGCGCGCGGCCCGCGUGGAUCAAGAGCGCCAGCGUGUGGCCGCCAAGCAUUCCCAGGCCGUGGCUGUGCAGUUGCAGAAUCGAUCCAACGUCCAACAACAAGCACUCAACUUGGCCCAGCAAAAGCGACUCGCGGCACUUCGCAUAAAGCAGCAGCAAAAGGAACUGGAAGAGGACAAGAAAGCUAGGGACGCGUGCAUGAUGCAAGCCAAACUCAAAGCGAAACACAACGUGCUGUGUCAGCACGAGCGCACCAAGCGCCAGCGCCAACUCCGGGAGCGGCAAAACCGAGAGCGCCUCGAGCUAGCCCAAUCCGAACGCCUGCGGAAAGAAGUCGAGCGCGAGAAGAUGGCCAAACACUUGGUUGCCAAAAUGCAAGCGCAGGAAACGUCGCUGAAAACCAUGCUCGAGUUUCAAGAACACCAGCAACGCAUCGAUAUGCAGCGCUGCUUUGACAUGGACUCGUACGCGAUGCCCGACGAAAUGACACCGUCAUGAUACUCUACCCCGCCCCCUUAUUUAAUCACACACUGUCCGUUCCAUCCAGUCCCCAACAAUCUCAGGCACGCCGUUAGUUAUAACAUAGGAUAGCCCGUCUCGGUCGAAAUAAUGUAUUGGACGCUCGCUGGAAGAGCCUUCAAUAUAACGUUCUGGGGGAAUAAAUAGUAUUGGAUCAAG